GGUCGUUGUGUGUACAAGAGCCCAGCAACUGGUAGCGGCACCUGACAACCACGGAAAUCCCACCGAGAGUCCCCGCAAUUUUCUGAUUUUAUUUCGUUUGAAAGGAUUUUAGACCUCAUACGUCAGACAUAAUGGCAGUCCAACACUGUUGAUUCUGACAGAAAUCUAUGUAAUAUUUUGAAUUUUAAAUAUUGUGUUGUUUUUUUGUGGUCGAAUGAGAUAUUUCUGCCGUGCCUGUUGAGUGUUGAUACGGAGCUCACUUCCAGAUCUCGCCGCCGGGCCAGAGCCAUGGCGUGCAUUGUGUAAUACACGGGCAGAGUGCAGUGUUGUUGUUCUGUGCUGUGUGCCACGCAUGGAGUAGUUGAAUCCAACUUGAAGAGUGCACAUGAUUUUCAGACCAUGUAUGAAAUAGAUCCAGCAAAUGUUCGUUCUCCUAGGGACUUUGAAAACCCCAAAUUUGAUUUGGGCCCUAGGAGAAGUCCUUCAUCUGGCAGCAAAGUUCAGCUAACCUUUGAAGAGAUGUCAUCGGUCAUCAAAUUAAAACCUCCUCCCAAGACGACAUGGGAACCAGACGUCAGGGCUAUGAUCUCGGCCAAGAAGUGGCUCAGUACCUACGGUUUGAAGAGGAACAGACUUAAACUAGACCAAAUCCUUGGAACCAUUGGAUUCAAGCACAGUGAUGAUUUUGAUCGCUCGCUGAAGAAGCCCGUCUGUUCUCGCUACGGCGAGGGUUUGUUUACACGGUUUCCAAGGAGAGACGGCAAGAUAUACAACGUGAAUGUGAAAAUAAGUAAGGAGAAGAUCAAGCAGAUAGAGAAUAGUCUUGCUCAAGCUAUCAACCUCUACAAGCGUCGUAUUGACUGGCUGACCAGCGAGAGUAGACGUCUGUUUGGAGUCAUAGAGGAGCAUUGUGUCUGUAUCGUGAUAGACGUUAAGACCAACUCACCAAGUCACUUUGAUCAUUGUCGCAAUGCACUCAUCAGAGUUCUAGAAGAUCAGGUUUCACAGGUUGCCAAGUUCAAUCUCAUCAGGGCUGCUCAAGACAUGGUCAUGUUUCAGCCGCACGCAGUAGCGGUCACGAAGGAUUCUUUGAACCAAGCUAUGGAAUGGGUUAGAACCCUAGAUGGUGUAGCGGCUACUACCGAGACCAGUGCAUGUGAAGGAAUCCUCAAGGCAUUCACAGAUAGAAAUAUUGAAGCAGUAUUUCUGUUCUCAGAAGGAUCAUCAGCAAACACGGCCAUGGAGCUAACAUUCCAGAAAGUACGAGGAUGCCCUCUCCCUGUCAAUACGGUUGCAUUCAACAGUGCAGACUCAACCACAGUUCACUUUCUAAAAGACCUAUCACAGCUCACCGGGGGCAGGUUCCAUGCCUUUGCCUUCAACAAGCUUGACUCUGACGUGAACGGGAACAGCUCCUACAACCAUGACACCAAGGCUCCCCUGAGUGGGGUUCCCCCUGGGGCGGGGACCAGGGAGGACGUGGUGAGCAUGUGGCAGGAGCUGGAGGAAGCCAGAGCGAUCUUGGGGGAGGUACAAACCAUCGUGGAACAUGUACCGGACACCAGGCAGGAUGUUCCAGAUGAAGUUAACGAGGAGACAAAGGGGCCACAGAAGGAGAGGAGCGAGCAGUACAUGAGCUCUAAGGAAUGGCUGGCCAAGCGAGGGCUCAAGACUCGUAAACUAGACCUGUACGACGUCCUGGCGACCUGUUCAUUUAGACAUUGUGACGGUGUAGUGGACAUCAAACAGGCACCUCAUACUGAUUAUACAGAUGCUGAGACAAGAAGAACGUUGGUGAAUGCCAAGUACUGUGACAAGUUCUGUCACUUUCAAUGGAAAGAUGGUACUAUCAAGCAUGUUCAUGUAACAGCAGAGGUUCACAGGGUCUACGAGAGGAAGAUGAAUGCUGCCCUCGGGGACCUACAAAGGAGGAUGGACUGGUUACAGCAGGGAAGCAGAGAACUGUUUGGGACCAUCGUAGAGGACCAGGUCUAUAUCCUGAUUGAUGUCUCAAACUCAAUGGAGAACCAUUUGGGUCUAGUCAAAGAGAAGAUGAUCAGACUCAUGCAGGAACAACUGAGACACAAGACCAAGUUCAACCUGGUGAAGUUUGGUAGUAAAGCAUCAGGAUGGAAAGACAGAGCCGUGGAGGUCAGUGAAAGUAGUCUACAGAGUGCAUGGCAGUGGGUCAGAGGUCUCGAGGUCGCGGGGUCAACCAAUACCCUCAUGGCUCUCAAGACGGCCUUAGCUGACACGGCCACUCAAGCCAUUUACCUACUGACCGAUGGCAGACCAGAUCAUCCCCCACCCACCAUCCUAGCUCAAGUGCAGCUUCGGAAGAGCAUUCCCAUUCACUGUAUCUCCUUCAACUGCAACGACCGUGAUGCGAACGACUUCAUGGCCUUGCUAUCGUCAGACACUGGAGGGCGCUAUCACUACUACGCAGAUGAUCUGGAGGCGGAGCCUGAAGGUCCGCAGCCUUUUGAGAGCGAGGACAGGCUGUUGAUUAGGGAGGAGGUCAAGAAAGGGCGGGACGAUCUGAAGAAACUUGCGGACUUACGAGGGCAGUGUGCACUGCUCGAUUGGAGCAACAAAAGCAGCAAGGAGAUGGGUUGUGGCAAGGACCAUGCCAUACCGAAGCGUCCCAUGUCAGCAUCAGGAGCUCGAUCAGCUUCCCAGAUCCUGAGCAGAGAUUCCUCUGGUACUCAGCUGCCCAAGACCAACCGACCCCAGAGUGCCAAGACAUACGCCCCUCGUCGCCCCAUGUCAGCCCUGAGUAUGACCUCCAACACCUCUCAUGAGUACUGCCAUCCCAAGGGACACAGCAGGACCACGACCUUCCCUCCUCGUCCUAGACCAUCCACUGCUAGACCAGCCACUGCUAAGGAGUUCAGGUCUAAGACACCAAACAUUGCAUACCACAAUAAGACAAGUUGGUUGAGGCUAAAGGGUAGUCUAGAUGGCUGGGCUGUACCAGAGACACAGGUCCUACUCAACAAGCAACAAGAGAGAUACAUCACUGCCUUGCAAGAUCUUGCAAAACAGCAGGAUAAAGGCAAGAAGAAGAAACUGAAGAAGAAAGCAGAUCCACUCCAAGUGUCCUCUAAGAGAUGGUUGAAGAAGAACGGUUUGAUUGCCAAGAAGCUGACCAUCUAUGAUGCUCUAGGGGGUACUAUGGUCAAACAGAAGGCCAAGUAUGUCCCUAUUCUUGAUAAAUAUGUCAUCUCGCAAGUCUUCAAUGAGGUUCUACCUCUAGCCCAUGUGACUGGUAACAAGCAAGAGAUUAACCUGAUCAACCCUGGAGCUGUAGAUCUCAAGGUUUACGAAGACAAGGUGAAGGCUGCCCUCACCCUCUACAGAAGAAGACUUGACACCAUCGUAUGGAAUGCGCUAUCACAAGAAGAGAGACACCAUCUGGAGCCAGAUUCCUUCCUGGACAAUCGCCAUGACUACAUAGAAGCCUUAGAGCGUCUUGGCUGGCCCAUCCCAGAGAAAGAUAUCAUCCUCCUGGAGGAGGAGAUGGAGAAGGGAGAGAGGUACCUCAGGAAGAGCGAGUCACUCAGGAAGCACAUCAGAGAGCAGAGGCUAGGUCAAAGUUCAGGAGGUCACAAGGUCAAAGACUCUAAGGCACCCACAGAAACCUCCAGGAGUAAAUCAAGGAUUGGUGGGUUUGAUGAGAUUGAUAGGGACAGUGAUGAGGAUGAGGAGGAUGAUGAGGAGGAUGAUGAGGAUGACGAUGAGAAGGAUUCCGAUGUGGACGAUGAGACGGGCAAGCUGGAAAGGACACCUCCUCCUAGCUAUGGUAACCGGAGCGCAUCAGACAAGGAUUCGUUGGAAUCGUCUUCGUCACCAGAGGAGGAAGACGAGUACCUGUCUUCAGAGAAAGAUAGUCAUGAAGAGGCUGGUUUGAGGCGAAGAAGCAGUGAGUUUAAGACCUCCCCCCAGAGCCAUGUGCAAAAGUCUAAGAAAGGUGUAACGAAGGGAAGGGGAGUGAAGACGAUGAAUCCGUUCAGCCAGGGUGCGCGGAUUGUAGGGAGGAGCAAGCAAGAUGGACUUUACUACCCAGGUGUGGUGGUGCGCGUCCCCAACGUGACUCAGAUUGAUGCAUUCUUCCCAGUGAUAGGUGAUAAAGUCAGGAUUUCAUCUUCAUCAGCAAUACAGCUCAAAGGAGCUCAGGCUCAACCAAAACUUAUUACUGGAGACUGUGUAAUGAUGAGGCAGGAUGCUGCAGAGGAUGAAGUAUGGAUACCUGGUAUGAUCAUGGUGGGUCCUCAAGAUGAGACCAGGCAAUCUAAGUUCUAUACCAUCGUCACUUACAAUGCUGAGAAGGUGAGCAUAAUGAGGAAUGCUCUGCUGAAGAUCUCCAAGGAGGAAUACAACUCAAUGGUUCGCUUUAUCAUGGAUGUACAAGGACCAUACAUGUCAAAGGAUGACAGGGAUAGCAUUGUCACCAUUGAUAAGCUCAAACGUCUGGCAGCACGAAAGAAUAAGUUAAAGCAGGAAGAAAAGGAAAAAGAUGAGAAAAGCAGGGAAGAGGAAGAAGAGAAGGAGGAGGAGGAGGAAGAAGAUUCUAGUGAGGAAGAAGAGGACCAAAAGAAGUCGGAGAGUGAUCAUUCUGAUACAGCUUCCAAUCAUUCAUCACAUCACAGUGAUCAUAGCGACAGAUCGGAUGAAGACGAAGAUCACCAUGAGAGUGAGAGCGAUAAAGAGAAUACCAAAGAUGAGCCUAGUGUAAUAUCAUCAGAGAUAAAGGAGAGAUUGGUUGAUUUACAACAGCAGCUGACAACACAACAUGAGGAAUAUAUCGGCAAUCAAAAGGCAAUGCAGGAGGAUCUUCAAGAUCAGAAGAAACAGACGGAAGAGUUCCAGAGAGCGGCAGAGAGACAUGAGGCUCUUCUGGAUGAACACACCGGUCUGAAGGAGAAGUAUGAUCGUAUCCAAGGGCGCUAUCAGAGGCUGAGGAAGAGGGCUGAAGCACUACUCAACAAACACAAUGUUUUGGAAGGUCAACAUACCCAGCUAGCAUCUACACAUAAUGAUCUUACUGACAGGCUUAGCAACAUACAGCAGGCUCAUGGAUCCAAGGAGGCGGAGAAUGAGACCCUGGCAAGCAAGUACCAGGAGCUGCUGGAGAAACUAGAUCAGAUGGAGCUGGAGAGGAGGGAGACCAAGGAGCAACUAUCUGGAGUACAGACUCAGAAGGAGGACCUGGAGCAGGAGAUAGUAGACAUGAAGAGACGAUCAGAGACAACGGGAGAUAGUGGAAUACAGACCAAAGGUGAGAUAAUAGACAUGAAGAGACGAUCAGAGACAACGGGAGAUAGUGGAAUACAGACCAAAGGUGAGAUAGUAGACAUGAAGAGACGAUUAGAGACAACGGGAGACAGUGGAAUACAGACCAAAGAGCUUACCAACAAGUCUACCAUUGAAGAUAAAGAAGAUGAUGAUGAAGAGGACAUCAAAGUCCCCUCUGAGAUGGGUAGCAUCCAGGAUGAGACCGGUAGUUUGGAGGAUGAUGCCAGAAGUGGUGAAGAUGCGGUGGAUAACGGUAGACAACCGACUGAUGAUGAUGACGAUGAUGAUGAGAAGGAGGAGGAGGAGGAGGAGAAAGGAGAAGAUGAUGUUAUUGUGUAUUCACCAGACUCUGGCUGGUUCAUUCAAGGUACUAUUAAAUCUCGGGCUGAUGAUGGUGAGUUCUACAUCGUUGAUGACAACAGCACUGUCUUGAAGGUUCCUGAGAAACUCAUCUUAAGAGAAAAACAAGUGGCCAACCAACCUCUUCAGGUCAAUGACACAGUGAUUGGUCGACACCCGGACUUUCCACCAAGCUAUGCCCCUGCUACCAUCCAGAGGGCGCUACCAGACCUCUGGUACCAGGUCCGGUUCUACAAUGGGGUGCUAGCCCAGGUACCCUCUGAACAUCUGUACCCUCUUGACCCCGCCCUUCAUAAGCAGGUAGUAGAGGAUAUAUUGAAGAAGGAGGAUGGAUGGGUGGGGCAUCCCGUAGUCGCAAGGAAGGAACAGGAUGGUCGAUAUUAUCUUGGUGUUGUGAAAUCGCGGAUUGAGCGUAGCCCUAUGUUUGAGUUGGAAUGGGCAGACGAGCGGGUCUCUGUUCAAAACAGUCGUCAUAUCUUUGGUUCCUUCACUCGUCGCCAGAAGAUGGCGCUAGGCGACUUCGUGCUGGCUAUGAUCAGCGAGGCUCUCAUGAGCUACCUCCCUGCGAAGGUCACAGGGGUCAGCGGAAACAAACUCACCGUAGAGUUCUGCGAUGGAUCAAACUUUAACACCAUCGACCCUGUCCAGUGCUACUGGCUGCCAGAAUCAUAUUACCACGAAGCAGAGGACUUCUAUCUCUCUAAGCAAGACAUUACCAAGGCAACGGAUAAUGGCAUGUAUCCCUCUUCAUCGGAAUCCUCCCAGUACUCCUUCAGUGAUGGAGGAGGAGGGAAGGACAAGAAGCAAAAGAAGAAGAGGAAGAAGGAAAGAAGAGGCGAUUCAGAUAUGUCCUCGUCAAGCAGUCUUCAAUCAAAAGGUUUUGGAUUCCUGGAUUGAGAGCAACCACUAAUGGAUGCAUGUUAAAGAUUUCAACACGUUUUUGUAGUUCAAUGUUGUUCUAACAAUUUCAGCAAUAAUUUCUAACAACAUUCCAUUUUUAGGGAAUUUUGUUAAGGUCAAGUAAGAGAAACAGAAAAAGUGGACACUAUAGGCAGGUGGCCUUUAUAGAGUAUAGAUAGGUGGCCACUUAGUCAGGUUUGACUGUACUUUAGAAUUCAAUUAUGUAAAACCUUGCCUGAAACAAAACAAGACAAUAUAAGGUGAAAAUAAAUAUUAAAAAUAAUGUAAAGUCAGUAGAAAAUACAAUGAGGACAUACUUUGGUUGGGAUCAAUAGAUUCAGAUUAAUAGUAUUUUUGAUAUUUGUGCACAUGGAAUUAGCAAUAAGAGCUUUCAAAAUUGAUAUUUUUCAUAAAAUGAUCAAAACAAUUCAAUCUGAUUCAUUCCAUCAAGAAAUGUGCGUUGUAAAUAUAUCCUAAAGUGAUUCAAUCACCCAAAUGUCAAGCAAACUUUGAGGGUAUGAAUAAUUGCCCUGUGUCUAUUUCCCUAGACAAGGUAUUUCACCUAUAGUUGUCUGACCUUACCCAGGGUUACAUGGCAGGGUUUAUUAAUUGAAAUGUGCAAAAUUACAACAACUAAAGUACGGACUAAAGCCAAGGUGAUAGUUUCAGAAAGUUGCAUAUUUAAUUUUUAAUUGAAAUAUGCUUAACAAAGAUUAUUUUUAACAUCAUUACUCUGUGGCAACUGGUUGUAAUAAUUCAUGGUGUCUAGAAAUAUAUCCUUCUUUUUUACUAGGAACUGCAAACCAAUUCUUACCCAUUUCUAUAUACAUAUGACACAAAACAAAAAAAUUAUAUAAAUGAACAUAUUUGUAUAUACAUGUAUAUUCAUAAUUCAAAUAUGGCUAGUGUUGUGAUGUUGCUGUCAGCUUUUCAUGAUGUUUCUUAUACAUACAGCUUAAAAAGAGUACAACGUUUACAAAUUGAUUUAUUUUUGUGGAGUGUUCAGUUUGAAAACAUAUUUGUGUACGUACAUAGAUUUUAUGAAAAGAUGGGAAAUGGAAGUAAAUAGAUGUACAUUUGACAUACCAUAAUGCUUUCACUUACAAUAUUGAAUACUAUUUUGCUCUUCCUUUAUACCGUUGAUAAUAUUAACUUUGCUUAUAUUUGUCUAGUGUGUGAUCUCUUUCCUUGAUAAAGAUGUUUGCUAGUAAGUUUCAUAAUAAUGUUAUACUAUUUUCAUUACUGAGUGUAAGAUAUGUAAAAUACAUGAUCGAGAUAUAUGAGCAGAAAGAAAAGAAAUAAUGGCAUUUACUAUCUGUCUUUCAUAGCAUAAAGGUAGAAAGCGUUUACAAGUGACGUAUGGUUUUACCCAGCAUUCGAUAUCCCUGGGAUAUUAUGCCGGAGGCUGUUGGAGUAAAAUGAUCUAUUCCGUCCAGAUAAUUAUCCAGGGAAAUUCUUUGUUUUCCUGAGACGUGCAAUUUAACUGUUGAAUGACGUUCAGAUAUGAUGCCUUGGUUUACUAUGUGGUCCUUUGAAUAGAUCACAUUACAGGUGGUAUUUGUGGGGAGAGGAACAGAGUAGAUGCCUUUUCACCCUUGGAAUACAUUAACAUAAAUUGCAAUUUUUUUUUUUUCUCAGCUCAGAAUAUCUCCUAAAAGAACUUUUUUUUCGGGGGAGAGGGGGGGGGGGGGGGUAAAUAGUCAAUUGUUGAAUUAAAGAAACAUUCCUAUCACUAGUUAAUAAUGAAAAGCAAUUUAUUAAUACUCUUUUAUUCUGUUAAUAGUGAUGGACGUUUAUAAAAAUUAUUAGCUUAACAUUUUCAUUUGAAUAUUUCUAAAUCAUUAUAAUGUUAUCCGCAUUUAGUCUUUCUACAAACGUUUCUAAAAAUCUGCAAAAAACAGGUAAAUAAUAAUAAAUUUAUAAUUCACUUAGGAUACAUGAGGGUUAUACUAAAUCCCAAAAUGAUUAAGAAUAGAUUAUUUCUCUGGUUGCAGUCAUUCUUUUUUGUUUUAUUCUGUAAUUUGUUUAUGCAAUAAAGCCUUCUUUGAACAUAGAUGUAAUAUUUUUUCUGUAUAAAUAAAAUGAUCAUGCAAGUAUGAAAA